AUGUCGGUCCGAUAUUUUACUGACCAAAGUAGUGGCAUGGUACUGCUAGCCGGGAAUUCUCAUAUGGAAUUAGCAAAACUAGUUUCAGAACGCCUGGGAAUUAAGCUUGGAGAGACGAUUGUUUACAAUAAAACAAAUCGUGAAACUUCAGUUGAAAUUAAGCAGAGCGUUCGCGGAAAACAUGUGUUCAUUCUUCAGUCCGGUUCAAAGGACGUAAAUAAUAACAUAAUGGAAUUGAUGAUAUUAAUAUAUGCAUGUAAAACUUCGAUGGCAAAAACGAUAACAGUCGUGAUGCCAUAUCUGCCUUAUAGCAAGCAGUGUCGAAUGUUACGCCGAUCAUCCAUACCAAUGAAACUUAUCGCUGAUAUGAUGUGCAAUUCCGGGGCGACACGAAUUGUUUCUCUCGAUUUGUACAGGAAGGAAAUCCAGGGGUUCUUCUCAGUACCUGUUGAUAACCUACGCGCUUCACCUUUUUUAUUACAGUACAUAAAAGAAAAUAUACCGGACUAUAAAAAUGCUGUGAUAGUCGCAAAGAAUCCUGGUGUUAUGAAUAAAGCAACAUCCUACGCGGAUCGUCUAAGGCUAGGUGUAGCAGUUAUACACGGUGAACAGAAAGUUGUUGAAGAAAGUGAUUUAGAGGAUGGUCGUCAAAGUCCUCCACUGGAUAAGUCUAACGAAAAUCUUACCACCUUUGAGCUGUUUCCUGCUCAAGUUGCGAAGGAAAAACCUCCGUUAACAGUUGUUGGUGAUGUAGGUGGACGGAUAGCGAUUAUGGUGGAUGAUAUAAUCGAUGAUGCACAAUCUUUCGUCGUUGUUGCUCAGGUGCUGAAAAAUCGUGGUGCCUAUAAAAUUUAUGUCAUAGCGACGCAUGGAUUAUUAUCAGCAGAUGCUCCUGAUCUUCUGGAAUCUUCACCCAUUACUGAGGUGAUUGUGACAAACACAGUACCCCAUGAAGUGCAGAAGCUGCGUUGUCAUAAAAUUAAAACAGUUGACAUAUCAUCGAUGUUAUGCGAAGCAGUCAGGCGAAUUUAUCACAACGAGUCGAUGGGGCAAAUGUUCCGAGGUGUAACAAUUGGUGAUUGA